UGCUUACACACACACACACACACACACACACACACACACACACACACACACACACGCUCACUUAUCAGGUAAGCUAACACUUUAUGAUCAAUAAUUUAAACUGAUAUUGUGUUGAUUCUAUCUUAAAGUGUGGCUGUUUUUUGAAGCGUAAUACAGAAUAACACAUUCAUCAAAUUCUAAUUAUUAUUGUGAGUUAUUUCUCUAAGUUUCUUAAAUAAAAAUGCUAAAUAUUCCAGCCUGUCUUUUCAAGGUACUGUAGCAAAGCUGUUAAUAAUGAGUAAUAAAAGUCUAAUAAUAAAGUAAUUCUAGCCACCGGUGUUGUAUCUGUGGUCGGUGUUUUAUAGAGAAACUGUAGAGCUGAAACGAGUCGUAGCUUCUUCGUGUAGUUUAAUGCUAACGUUAAUUAGAAGGGCAUCAGGUGAAAGAGUUGUUCCAGAUUUGUAUAUUUUGUGUGUGUGUGUGUGUGUGUGUGUGUGUGUGUGUGUGUGUGUGUGUGUGUGUGUGUGUGUGUGUGAGAGAGAGAGAGAGAGACAGGACUGCCCCCUCAGCAUCAUGUGUGAUCAGACGUUUUUAGCGAUCACCUUCGGGGCCUGUGACAACUGCAGCAUAAACAAACCUCUGAUGAACAUCUACCUGCACAAUGAGCCAGUUAACUACUGCUCACUGUGUGUGGAGAAGAUGGCGUGUCAUGGUCUGGGGAAGGGAGAGAGUGUGGCAUCACUAAAGGUUGAAGCGGAGAGUUUAAAGGUGAAACUGGAGCAGGAACGAGCCAAACUGCACGAUGCAGAGUUGAAUCAGGUGGCAGAGAAAGUUGAAGCUCUGGGUGCGUUUACACUGAAGAGCCGCCGCACACUGAAGGGUCACAGUAAUAAAGUGCUGUGUAUGGACUGGUGCAGUGAUAAGAGACGCAUCAUCAGCUCCUCACAGGACGGGAAGGUCAUCAUCUGGGAUGCGUUUACCACAAAUAAGGAGCACGCUAUCACCAUGCCCUGUACCUGGGUGUUAGCGUGUGCAUACGCUCCCUCUGGCUGUGUGGUAGCGUGUGGUGGGUUGGAUAAUAAAUGCUCUGUCUAUCCUCUGUCUCUGGAUAAGAGUGAGAAUUUAGCAGCAAAGAGGAAACCGGUGGCUGUUCACACCAACUACCUCUCAUCCUGCAGCUUCACCAACUCUGAUAUGCAGAUCCUGACCUCUAGCGGUGAUGGUACAUGUGCAUUAUGGGAUGUAGAGAGCGGGCAGCUGCUGCAGAGUUUCCAUGGUCACUCAGCUGAUGUGCUCUCACUGGACCUGUCUCCAUCUGAGACUGGAAACACCUUCGUAUCUGGAGGUUGUGAUAAGAAGGCUAAUGUGUGGGACAUGCGUUCGGGCCAGAACAUCCAGUCCUUUGACAUUCACGAGUCAGACAUCAAUGCUGUAAAGUACUACCCGAGUGGUGAUGCUUUCGCCACGGCGUCUGACGAUGCUACUUGCCGUCUGUAUGACCUGAGGGCCGACCGUGAAGUGGCCGUCUUCUCUAAAGAGAGCGUCAUCUUUGGUGCCUCCAGUGUGGACUUCUCACUUAGUGGGCGUCUCCUGUUUGCUGGCUAUAACGACUACACUAUAAACAUAUGGGACGUGUUAAAGGGAACCCGGGCAGCGAUCCUGUACGCUCACGAGAACCGGGUCAGUAAGGUCCGGGUGUCACCUGACGGUACCGCGUUCUGCUCGGCAUCGUGGGACAACACGCUGAAGAUCUGGGCUUGAUUCGAGUCCUCAGGGAGUUUUGGAGCUUAAGAUGGAUUCAGAAGUGACACUUUUAUUUCUAACCCUUUUAUGUUUUGUCAUCAUUGAAAAAAGGUUGAUGGAGAAGUAAAGUAUUAAAAAAUAUAAAGUAUUAAGACGUUUAUAAAUACUAAACAUUAGCAUGAUGUAGUCAUGAAGUAAUCAUGAAAGUGUGGAACUGAGUAAUAAAGUGAUUCAGUCAUG